CUCACCAGUCACCACUCCCCCAAGUGCAUCUGUCUGCAAAAUUUCAGUGGUCAGCCUUGGGUGUAUGUGCAUGUGUGUAUAUAUAAUCCCUUCUCCAGAAUUCUCAAACGCUAUCAAAACCCAAUCAGCAGUACCUUUCCCAAUCUCCUUCUAUCAUCCAUGGCGUCUUCGUCUUCUUCUUCUUCUUCUCUGAUGAUUUCCCCAAGAAAGCUCCGCUCUGAUUUGUAUUCCUACACAUACCAGCAAGAUUCAAGCACCCCGUUAGUCAUAAACGUGCUGGCUUCCCUGAUCGAAAGGAGCAUGGCCAGAACGCAGAGAAUUAUAAAGAACUGUUCUUGGGCUUUGUCCAGAGCCUCCUCCUGCACCACCGACAUCUUCGAUUGCAGAGAGAUUCCUGACAUGACCAUUCAAUCCUACCUGGAGAGAAUCUUUCGCUACACUCGCGCUGGCCCCUCUGUGUAUGUCGUCGCCUAUGUCUAUAUCGAUCGCUUUUGCCACAACAAUCCUGGGUUUCGAAUCAAUGCCAGAAAUGUACACAGGCUUCUCAUCACUACCAUCAUGGUCGCUUCUAAGUAUGUCGAAGACAUGAAUUACAGAAAUUCUUACUUUGCAAGGGUUGGUGGGUUGACAACGAUUGAAUUGAAUAACUUGGAGCUUGAAUUUCUAUUCUUGAUGGGUUUCAAGUUGCAUGUAAAUGUGAGUGUGUUUGAGAGUUAUUGCUGUCAUUUAGAGAGAGAGGUAAGCAUUGGAGGAGGCUACCACAUUGAAAGAACUCUAAGAUGUGCAGAAGAGAUCAAAGCAAAGCAUGUCAGAGAAGAAAGAACAUACACUCAGAUUCCCCGUGUGACUCUGUAGAAGAUUAUGGGAAUAUAUUUUGCAGUGUUUGAGGUUAAUAGGGGUUACCUGAUAAAUCCAUGACAAGUGAAAUUAAAAAAGAUUUUUGAAGGCUUUAAACUUUACCUACUAGCUGCAUGGGACCCACAUGUCACAAUGGUCUCUCACUGUUAUUUCUGUGGCCAUAUUGUAGAGAGGAUCUAGGUUGGAAUUUUGAAACAUUGAGUCAAGGAAUUCAAUACUACUCCCUCCGAUCACAUUUAUAAAUCUCAUUUUAAAAGAUAUAUUUGAUUUCAUUUAUAAGUCAUGGUGCGCCUUUUUAAAUAAUAUUUGAGAGGUAUUUUUAAAAUUACCCUUCAUGAGAGAGAAAAAGUAACAGGACAUUACUUUUUAGAUUUGUUAUAUAGGGGUAUGUUUAGAAUUUUACUUACUUUUAUUCCUUGUACUUUUAUUGUAUUGGUAUUGAUGAGGUUGGUAGAAAUGACUUAUAAAUAGGACCGGAGGGAGUAUGUUGUAAAAAAUUUUCACUUGUCACCGGAUGUUAAGUUGAUUUUUUCAGCUUUUUUGCUUGUAAGAGAAGGCUGCCUGUGUGAGUACAGAUCGGUUUACUUGUAUAUCUAAGUUUGCUGGAAGAUUGGGACAUAGUGCUAAGAAGUGGUGUUGCACAAUUAUGAGAGUCAUCUUUGUACAAAUCUGUUUUGUUUCUACACAAGGGAAGUGAAAGUACAAGGAUUUUCAGUGCAAAGAAUUUAAUGUCUAAAUACCCCCUUAUAAUUUUUAUAGUUAUAUUUCUCUC